UGUGGUGGAGAGACUACGCUAUAAGUAGAGUCGUCUUAGCAACCCUGCGGACACUGCGUGGAUUGAUUAGGGCUACUGAAGAUGGCGACGCACGGGUUGAGAGUGGUUUCAGUCUGCUUUAUGCUGAUGCUGGGAUCUGAAGCUGCUCCAGGCAGCUCUGCUGAAUUCUCCCCUAAAGUAACGACUUACACUUUGCCAGUUCCCGUUUUCGGAGACACUUCUGCAGUAGAGGGCGUGCUGACAGCAGCGAGGCACACAGCUGCUGAAGGCAUUGCAGGUCUUGGUCAAGAGACAACCUUUGCAACUCCUGACAGCAGUGUUGAAGCCACAAGUUCAGAAGAUACAUAUUAUGCACUGCCGACAUCUUCCGGAAGCGAUGGUUCUUCAGCGGUACAAAAUCCGUCCCCAGGUUAUGCCGCUCCCUCGCCUGUAUUUCCAUCCGAGGGGGGCCAGGAACACUUCGGAGUGGGACAGUCACCUGCAGCUCCCAGCCGCUUAUAUGCGUCACCUGCAACAACGCAUUCGGGCAGUUCGGCGUCAAACAUCGGCAGUGCCCCAGCAGCAGCUGCUGGAUCAAGCAGUUUCGCUGAAGCCUCUUCUUCAGCCAGCCAAGAAAACUUCGGACCCUCCUUCUCGCCUGCCUCUCCCGUGUUUCCUAUUCCUUCAUAUUCUCUUCCUUCAGCUGCACCUGCAGCUGCUGGAACAAGCAGUUUCGCUGAAGCCUCUUCUUCAGCCAGCCAAGAAAACUUCGGACCCUCCUUCUCGCCUGCCUCUCCCGUGUCUCCUAUUCCUUCAUAUUCUCUUCCUUCAGCUGCACCUGCAGCUGCUGGAACAAGCAGUUUCAGCGGAGCCUCAUCUUCAGCCAACCAAGGAAACUUCGGACCCUCCUUCUCGCCUGUUUUUCCCAGUCUGUCAUAUGGAGUUCCUUCAUCUGCCCCAGCAGCUAUUGGAUCAAGCAGUUUUGCUGGAUCUUCAGCCGGACCAGCAGCUGCUGGUUCACAGAGUUUCGCUGGAUCUUCUUCAUUUAGCCAAGGAACAGGAUUCUCAUCUGUUCCUUUAUAUUAUCCUCCUUCACUUGCACAAGUUGGCAGUGCAGCAUCUAGUUCCCCUCCCUUCCCUCCUAGUCCCUCAUAUGGGGCUCCUUCUUCAGCCCCAGCAGCUGUUGGAUCAAGCAGUUUUGCUGGAUCUUCAGCCGGACCAGCAGCUGUUGGAUCAAGCAGUUUUUCUGGUGCCUCAUCUUCAGCUAGCCAGGCAAACACUGGUGUUUCUUUCGCACCUAUAUUUCCAGUAACUUCAUAUGGCCCUCCAGGAUUACCUUAAAAUUUUAUAGUAGAAAUCAAUGUAUUAAGUGUAUAAAGUAAAAUAUUCUUUCAGUUGACACUGAUCGGGGUGCAGAAAACAACAGUGCCUUUUUUUAAAUGUUCAGGCCAUAAAAUAUUUAUUCUCAGUUUUGAUAAUCGAUAUAUGGGUGAAAUAUUAAAUGUAAUCAUCUGGGCUUGUAUUUUUACAUAUCUUUUCAGUCGAACUGUACCAAAUGAGUUGAAAAUUCAAGUCCACUCUGGCUGCAAGGGGGCCCAAAAUGGAGUGACACGUAGAAUUAAUCAAAAAUAUAGAUGAUAAGUGAUGUAAAUCUUCCGAUAUGGGUUUUCUGACAAAAGUAUAAAGAAUACAAAGGGUCCAAAAUUAGAUUAUGAUUACUUACAGA